AACAUUGGAAAUUGCCAUUAAAUGGAGUUAUUAAUCCCAGCAGACCAGUUGAAACUUGAAACAGUGAGUGAAAUUGUUUGGUUCCUGCAAUUAUAUGCCACUAGUAACUAUGCGUAUUAAAAAAGAAAAAAAGAAAAAAGGGAAAAUUUUAUGUCCACAAAUAAUAAUAAUAAUAAUAAAAAAAAAAAAACACGAAACCCACGAAACCGAGUCAACAAAGAAACUGAAACUGCCCCACGAAAAACAUAGCCCCUUCUUUGCUAAAACAAAGAUUUCAACGGCUAUGGCCAUUAACUUUUACAGUUGUUCACCGAUUCCAGCAAAACCCACCUCCACAGCGAUUUCAAACAAGUCCAUUUUGUUGCCUAAUCCUCGUAUCUCGCCCGCCGGACAUCAUAGUAAACUCGCACCAUCUUCAUCUUCUUCAGCUGUUGCUCUUCGAGCUUCAAUUUCACCAGCUGCUACUUCAGUUGCAUUCGAUGGACCGGCCACUUCCACUAAACCUUCCAAGUCUUUGCCGUUUAGAGUGGGUCAUGGCUUCGACCUUCAUCGCUUGGAGCCUGGCUACCCUUUGAUCAUUGGUGGGAUUGAUAUUCCUCAUGAUAGAGGUUGUGAGGCUCAUUCUGAUGGGGAUGUGCUGCUUCAUUGUGUUGUGGAUGCAAUUCUGGGAGCUUUAGGGCUUCCUGAUAUAGGGCAGAUAUUUCCAGACUCUGAUCCGAAGUGGAAAGGGGCUCCAUCUUCAGUUUUUAUCAAAGAAGCUUAUAUAUAUGCCCUCCAGGCCAGCAUAAGUAUGACAGAUAACAGAGCCUUCCCUUGGAGCUUCCCUUGGAGCUUGUUUAUGGCCUAUUGGAACUCAACUUCCCAAUCUGCAACUUUCCUCCUUAGGUUGCACAAUAGCGGCAACUGCAUCCACACAUCUUUUGAGUACCUGCAGCUAAAGAAUAUGUGUUCCCUGCUCUCCCUGUCCUGCCUGCAUAGCACACAAGCCUCAUCUGUAGAGUACCGCCAUCCAGGUUAUUAUAGCAUACUUGGGAAUAAGAGGCUUACACCAAACAAGCUUGUGCCAUCUGACCUUUUCCUGCCUUAUCCUUAUUUCAUCCCAUAUAGCAGCAGCAGAGUACCCAUGGCCUUUUUGGCACCAAACCAUCCCAUUGUCAGUCUGCACUAGAAACCUGGUAGCAAUUCCCCUCGUCUAGAGUAACUUAUUCAUACUCCAACUUUGAUUUUGGGUGAUUGGCAUCUCCCAUAUGCUCCUUCCCUUCAGCACAUACCUCUGCAGCCAUGCAAUCUGCAAGGAACCUGCUUGAGCGAAAAUGGACCAAAAUAACCUUAGAGUGCUAGCUUGAUUCCAGCUUUCAAUAUCUUUUAGCCCCAGUCCACCCUCUGACUUAGGCUUACAAAUAGAGUGCCAACUGACUCAAGCCCCACUAACAGGCUGUGAAUCUUUCUUCAGAACAGCUUAAUUUGUUUAUUGUUGGGAAUGGGGUUAAGUUAUUAUGUUGGACUGUAAUAAUUAAUAUGGUAUGUGCAUGUACAUAACUGAAGAAAACUUUAUAUAUCCUUGUAUUCUAUUUAGCCUGCAAAGUGAUUGUACAAGCAGAUGCACCUUGUAAACAUUAUUUUUCACUUAAAAUUUAUAGGUAAAAAAAAUAAAAAUUGAUGCUUUUAAGAGCAAUAUAUCGGGUAUGAUAUUGUUUCACUGUAGAAUUCUGUAAAAACUGUGAUGCUUUGUUUGACGGUGACAUCACCUACUACAAUGCAAUGAACCUUUCUUCAAAACGGCCAAACUUGUUUGUGGUUGGAAAUUGAAUCAACUUUUAUUAUUGACCGAACUAUGGAUAUUCAUGUACAUGCAGGAAAACCCUGUAUCAUACCCAAGGUGCAAAGUGAUGCUUUAUGCUGAUGUCAAUCUAGGCCGUAAAAUGAAAUGCUAUUUACAUCUUAUGCUAUAUACUUCACCUAGAAGUUCUUAUGUGGUUUUCUGUAUGUAUAGUAUUGUGGAAGAAUCCUUGCUGAGCCUGAAUUUACAUGUAUACUGCUUCAGUCAGAAAAGAAACUAAAUCAUUGAAAUGUGCCCCAAUGCCUCCUCUCAUCCAACUCUUUUAGUGCUACUUUCUUCUUGAGGAUUUGGCUGUUAGGUGUUCUAAAAGUUUCACUUAAUGUGAGAUUGUCAAACCUAAAUUGGUAGACCUAAAAUUUGUUUGUAGGACCAGCAUAAGGAAGAAUGAUUAACAAAUUAGCAAGGCAAAACAAACUAUAAAGUGGGGUAAUAUAUGACAACCAUGAUUGUUUUGAAAUAUGGACGUGGAUGACCCUUUAACUGAUUUAAUUCAGGAAAGAGGCAGCUGUCCUCUUUCUACUGAAUUCAGAUCUUAGAAAGUAAUAGUAAGUAACUAAAUGUGUAUAUCAUUUGAAGUACUCCCUGGCUAAGUUUGUACAUAUUGAUAUACUGGCACAAUCAGAAAGAAACUUUACUAAUAAUGUAUUAUUUAAAAAAUAAAAUGAGUUGAAAGACUUUUUGUCUGGGAUUUUUUCCCCUUAUGCAUUAGGUACUCUGCUCAAGUUAGCUAUGCUAGGCCAUCAUUGUAUAUAUCAUCCAUUCUAGGAACUUAUACUAAGUUUUAGCUGUUCAGACUAUUUAGAUUAAUCAUGCUAAUCCUCUGCAGCAUGGUU